GACAGCAAUAGAUCUUUCUUACUCUGGCAGUGGCCCUGAUAUGUUUGGGCUAGUGUCAAGCAUUUUAGAGGAGCCAAGCAAGCCAGAGCCAGUUACAGAUUGGACUUCUCUCUCCAGGUUGUUUCCACUGACGUGGGGGCCUGAUUUUGGAAGCCAUGGUGAAUCCUCAGGGCUCUCCUCUAAGCACUCAGUUGAAAGUAAGGAUUUUUCAGAGCUGGUGGGCACACAGAGCUACUCUCAGGAGCCCCUGCAGAAGCCUCACCAUGUGGAGAUGUUGCACAGAGGUCUGGAAGAUCUUCACCUCAUGGAGUCUUGGCUUUCUCCAUCUGGCCCUCAGCCUGUGGACACCCUGCAGAACAGUUGUGCUGAGAAUGUCUCCUCACAAGAUGAGAAGACAGUUCACCCAGAGGGGUUUGUGUGUCAGAACUCAGGCUGUCAUCCCCUUCUGGGCAGUUAUGACCAUGUGAGGUUAAACGGAGACUACCAAAAAAUUGGUUCCAAUUUGAGCCCUUUUUCUGCUCCAAACAGAAUGAAAGAAGGCACCAGCAUUCAGAAAGAGUGUUGGGAACCUGAGAGAGCCAGAGGCAAAGCUCUGAAAAACGCUGCUCAAGAGCAAGCCAAGUAUUCCCCUGCUCGUGCCAGCCAGCCAGUGGAUGCCUCUUGGGGUAAAGCAUCCCAGGACAACCCCUUGUUUUCAAAAAGACACAAAAACUUCCCAGCUGCUCAUAAACUGCAGGCAUCUCUUCCUCCAUCAUUCUAUUUUUUCAAUCAGGCUCCUAAAGAAAAUAAGUUCUCUGGAGGAACAGACAGAAAACCACAGGAAACCCAUGUCCAGAACAGUCCUUGUAGCUUUACUUCAGGGGGUGCUUCUCAUGAUGAGUAUCCCAUUCAGAUGAGUCCUAAUGAAUGCUCUCCUAAAGUGUCAGAAUAUGAUCCAGCUGUAAAAAAACUGAUGGAAAAUGGGAGUUACUCCUCAUGCUGUGGUCACACAUGGCUGGAGGGGGCAGUGGCAAAUCCAGCAGCUGUGUCAGGUGUCCCCUGUGGAAAAGGAAUGGGGACAAGUCCUCAGUCAUCUUCAGGGGCCUCAGCCACCUCUGGUGUCUCUCCCACUCAUCCCUACUACCCACAGAUCUCACCCCUUCUUCCAAGGAAGGGUGGAAGGUUACACAGACCAAAUGGUGCUUCUCAUAAUUUAGGAGUUUCUAAUUUCAUCACAGAAGAUCAGAAGCUGAUGAAACCCAUUGGACAAUCACAGCACGACCCCUUGCCUCAGGAGGGGCAGUACCAUCAGCUCCCUGUGAAUUUUUCAUCUGCCUGGUUAACCCAGCAGAACACUGUGAGUGAAGACCCUGAAAAACACCACAGGCUCCCAAAAAAGCAGACCCAAGAAACCAGCAAUAAGGACAACAGGAGAGGCAGGAGGAACUGGAUUCCUCACUUUGGGUCUGCAACCCCAAACCAUCAGCAGUUCAGUGUGCUCCAAAAACCCCACAAACAGAACAGUGGUACCCUGGGAGAUUUCAUCAACCCUCCUUUCCUGCCUUCUUUCCCACUGAUGUCAGAUUUCAAGCAGAAUCCCAGCUUUCCUCCAUUUCAUCCCCAUCUCCUUUCAUCCCCAAAUCACUUCAGCUUCCCACCGUCGCCCUUGCUGUUCUCAGAACUGGUGGAUCUUCAUUACAAGGACUUCAGCCACCUGAAUCCCCUCACCCAGCAUCUGUUCUGUGGGGAGCCAGCUGCCCCAUGCUUUGCCUUCCCAGCACCCUUCAAGUGCAGACCCCCAAGAGGUCGCAGUGGGGCUGCCAACGAGCUUCACCUCCGACUGGAGGAGUGCUACGAGCAGUGCAGAGCUCUGGAGGAGGAGAGAAAGAAG